AUGAGGGAUUCCACUGGCUCUGGAGGAGCCUGCUCCAGAUCCUGAUGCGUUAUCAGCUCUUCCGUUGGCUGCUCGGCCUUAUAGCGAUUGUUGAUAAUGAACCGCUACCGUUACAAAUCGAAAGCGAAGAGGAAGCACCCACUAACAAGAAGAAGCAACAGAAUCUAAAGAUUGAGAAUGCCAUAUCCCCCGGAAAAUCAGAAUCAGUCGCGAUUAGAACCGUUCCAAGUGCAAAUGCAAAUGCAAUGGGCAAUGCAGGCAGUGCCGAGAUCGUAUCAAAUCAAAUCAUCCGCCGCCGUGAGAUGAGCACCAUGGGCAAGGAGACGGAGUCGCACAGCAUACCCAUCAGCGAGGGCCAGCAUGCGGAGCAUGUGUUGUACCGCCUGAAAAGGGGUUCCAAGCUGAGUGUCCAUCCAGAUGCCUCGCUGCUGGGCAGAAAGAUUGUGUUGUACACCAACUAUCCCGCCGAAGGACAGAAGUUCGUGCGAACGGAGUAUAGGGUUCUGGGAUGGCAACUCAGCAACGGCAAGCAGGUUACUUCCGUAAUGCAUCCGGAAGCCCAUGUUGUCGAUACUGACAUUCGUAGUGAGGUAGAGCUGAACACUUCCGGAACCUAUCACUUCUACUUCCGGUAUCUGGAGCGACCAGAUACUGGCAGCUCAGGAGCAGACGGGGCUCUGUAUGUCCAAGUAGAGCCUACGCUGCAUGUGGGACCGCCUGGCGCCCAAAAGACCAUUCCUCUGGAUUCGGUUCGCUGCCAAACGGUGCUGACCAAGCUCUUGGGACCGCUGGACACUUGGGAAGCUAAACUGCGUGUGGCCAAGGAGGCCGGCUACAAUGUGAUCCACUUCACGCCCAUUCAGGAGUUGGGUGGCUCCCGCUCCUGUUAUUCAUUGCGUGACCAACUCAAGGUCAACUCCCAUUUUGCGAGUCAAAAGGGAGGAAAGGUCAGUUUCGAGGAAGUGGAGAAGGUCAUCAAAAAGUGCCGACAGGAAUGGGGGGUGGCUUCUAUCUGCGACAUCGUGCUCAAUCACACUGCCAAUGAGUCCGAGUGGCUGCUGCAGCAUCCAGAUGCCACAUAUUCGUGCGCCACUUGUCCCUACCUUCGCCCGGCCUUCCUGCUAGACGCUGCUUUCGCUCAGUGCGGAGCGGACAUAGCCGAGGGCAGCCUGGAGCAUGUUGGCGUGCCGACGGUCAUUGAGCAAGAGUGCCAUUUGGAAGCGUUAAAGUACCAGUUGCACACCUCAUACAUGUCCAAGGUCAAUAUACACGAGCUGUAUCAGUGCGAUGUGAUGAAGUACGUCAACGACUUCAUGACCCAGGUGCGAACUCGUGAGCCACCGAAAAACGUGGCCAACGAGUAUCGCUUCCAGGAGAUCCAACUGAUACAGGACCCGCAAUAUCGACGAUUGGCCACUACCAUAAAUUUCGAGCUGGCGCUGGAGAUCUUUAAUGCUUUUCAUGGCGACUGCUUCGAUGAGGAGUCCCGGUUCCGCAAGUGCGCCGAAACUCUUCGUCGGCAUCUGGAUUCUCUUAACGAUCGCGUACGCGCCGAGGUCCAAGGAUACAUCAACUAUGCGAUAGACAAUGUUUUGGCCGGAGUGCGUUACGAAAGAGUCCAGGACGAUGGACCCAAAGUAAAGGAGAUCUCAGAGAAGCACUCCGUCUUCAUGGUUUACUUCACGCAUACGGGCACUCAAGGAAAGUCGCUGACUGAGAUCGAGGCGGACAUGUACUCCAAGGCUGGCGAGUUUUUCAUGGCCCACAAUGGCUGGGUGAUGGGUUCCAGUGAUCCGCUGCGUGACUUUGCCGAAGAGCAGCCGGGACGCGCCAAUGUCUACCUCAAACGCGAGCUCAUCUCGUGGGGCGAUAGUGUUAAGUUGAGGUUCGGAAAGCGACCGGAAGAUAGUCCCUACUUGUGGAAGCACAUGACCGAGUACGUGCAGACCACGGCGCGCAUUUUCGAUGGAGUGCGAUUGGACAACUGCCACUCCACGCCGUUGCACGUGGCCGAGUACCUGCUCGAUGAAGCUCGCAAGAUUAACCCGGAGUUGUACGUGGUGGCAGAGUUGUUUACUAACUCGGAUGGCACCGACAAUGUGUUUGUAAAUCGAUUAGGUAUAACCUCAUUGAUCCGUGAGGCCCUUUCCGCUUGGGACUCCCAUGAGCAGGGUCGUCUGGUCUACCGGUACGGAGGAGUACCUGUUGGUGGUUUUUAUGCAAAUUCAUCGCGUCACGAGGCCACCAGUGUGGCCCAUGCCCUCUUCCUGGACCUUACCCACGACAAUCCAUCCCCUGUAGAGAAGCGUUCCGUGUACGAUCUGUUACCUUCAGCAGCAUUGGUUUCCAUGGCCUGCUGUGCCACCGGAAGUAAUCGUGGUUACGACGAACUUGUUCCACAUCAUAUCCAUGUCGUUGAUGAAGAACGCACCUACCAGGAGUGGGGGAAGGGUGUCGACGCCAAAUCUGGAAUUAUGGGUGCGAAGAGGGCAUUGAAUCUGCUGCACGGUCAACUUGCGGAGGAAGGCUUCAGCCAGGUGUAUGUAGACCAGAUGGAUCCCAACGUGGUAGCCGUUACUCGCCACUCGCCGAGCACCCAUCAGUCGGUUAUUCUGGUAGCCCACACGGCGUUCGGGUAUCCGUCUCCGAAUGCGGGACCAACAGGAAUCCGUCCACUGCGUUUCGAGGGCGUUCUGGACGAGAUUAUCUUGGAGGCUAGUCUGACCAUGCAGAGCGACAAACCAUUCGAUCGGCCUGCUCCGUUCAAGAAGGAUGCCAACGUGAUUAACGGCUUUACCCAGUUCCAGUUGAGCCUGCAGGAGCACAUCCCUCUGUCGAAGUCGACUGUAUUCCAGACUCAGGCCUAUGUUGAUGGCAACAACACAGUACUGAACUUUGUCAAUUUGCGGCCUGGCACAGUGGUGGCCAUAAGGGUGUCCAUGCAUCCAGGUCCACGUGCCAGUUUCGAUAAGCUUCAGAAGAUCACGAACGCACUGCGACUAGGAUCAGGUGAUGAGUGGUCUCAGUUGCAAGCCAUAGUCUCCAAGUUGGAUUUGGUGGCUCUAAGUGGCGCGCUCUUCACUUGCGAUGAGGAGGAACGCGAUCUGGGCAAAGGUGGCACAGCCUAUGAUAUUCCCAAUUUUGGAAAGAUUGUUUACUGCGGCCUACAGGGAUUCGUUUCCCUCCUGACAGAGAUUUCGCCCAAAAACGAUUUAGGCCAUCCGUUCUGUAACAACUUGCGCGAUGGAAACUGGAUGAUGGAUUACAUCGCCGACCGCCUCACUAGCUAUGAAGAUCUGAAGCCACUUUCCGCCUGGUUUAAAGCUACCUUUGAGCCGCUCAAGAAUAUCCCACGCUACCUCAUACCCUGCUACUUUGAUGCCAUUGUCAGUGGGGUUUAUAACGUCCUCAUCAACCAGGUCAACGAAUUAAUGCCUGAUUUUAUUAAGAAUGGUCACAGCUUUACCCAGUCUCUGGCCUUGUCUACGUUGCAGUUCCUUUCCGUUUGUAGGUCGGCGAACUUGCCAGGAUUCAGUCAUGCCAUUAAUCCACCUAAGCCACCAAAGCAAUGUGUAACACUCUCCGCUGGUCUUCCGCAUUUCUCGACGGGGUAUAUGCGCUGCUGGGGACGUGACACAUUCAUUGCACUUCGUGGCACCAUGUUCCUCACCGGUCGCUACAACGAAGCCCGAUACAUUAUAAUUGGAUUUGGACAGACCCUGCGACACGGUCUCAUUCCGAAUCUUUUAGACAGCGGCAGCAAGCCCAGAUUCAACUGCCGUGACGCUGUCUGGUGGUGGAUGUACUGCAUCAAGCAAUACGUGGAGGAUGCCCCCAAGGGUGCCGAAAUCCUGAGAGACAAGGUGUCGCGCAUCUUCCCAUACGACGACGCUGAGCCCCAUGCUCCUGGAGCAUUCGACCAGUUGCUGUUCGACGUGAUGCAGGAGGCCCUGCAGGUGCAUUUUCAGGGAUUGCAGUAUAGGGAGCGCAACGCAGGCUACGAGAUUGAUGCACAUAUGUUGGACCAGGGAUUUAACAACCACAUCGGGGUACACCCAGAGACAGGCUUCGUUUUUGGUGGCAACAACUUUAACUGCGGAACCUGGAUGGACAAGAUGGGCUCCUCGCAGAAGGCCGGAAACAAGGGACGACCCAGCACGCCCCGUGAUGGAUCCGCAGUGGAACUCAUUGGCUUGCAGUACGCAUCACUUCGGUUCAUGCAAAGCCUGGCCGAGAAGGAAAUUAUUCCGUACACUGGAGUGGAGCGGAAAGGACCGUCGGGCGAGGUGACCAAGUGGACAUACAAGGAGUGGGCGGAUCGUAUUAAGGACAACUUUGACAAGUAUUUCUUUGUGUCCGAAUCGGAAACCUGCUCAGUGGCCAACAAGAAGCUGAUCUAUAAGGAUAGCUACGGAGCCACUCAGAGCUGGACAGACUAUCAGCUGCGAUGCAAUUUCCCCAUCACCUUGACCGUGGCCCCUGAGCUAUGUAAUCCUCAGAAUGCCUGGCGUGCACUGGAGCGAGCCAGGAAGUAUCUUUUGGGACCGCUGGGCAUGAAGACCCUCGAUCCUGAGGACUGGAACUACAGGGCCAACUAUGACAACUCAAACGACUCCACCGAUUGCACAGUGGCCGACGGCGCCAACUACCACCAGGGACCCGAGUGGGUUUGGCCCAUUGGUUUCUACCUAAGAGCGCGGCUGAUCUUCGCCAAGAAGUGUGGCCACCUGGACGAAACAAUUGCCGAGACAUGGGCCAUAUUGCGGGCCCAUCUGCGGGAGCUGCAGACAUCUCACUGGCGCGGUUUGCCCGAGUUGACCAACGACAACGGCUCCUAUUGCGGAGACUCCUGCCGCACACAGGCUUGGAGUGUAGCUGCCAUCCUGGAGGUACUCCACGAUCUGCACUCUUUGGGAGCAGAUGUGGCCUAAACCAUCUUAAUUACCUUAAUACUCAGACCUGUUAGUUGCUACCAAAAACUGUUAUUAGUGUUACAUUUGAUAAUUGUACGGAUACACAAUGGAAUGAGAUUCGAUGCCAGAUGUCACUAGAAAUUUUGCUAUUUCCUAUUCUAUUAAAGUUGCAAUUGUUUUUAAA